AUGGAAUUCAAGAGAUACCCCAUGAGUAAAAGAAAAAAGCUGGUGAUCAUAGGAAGGAAUCUACAAAGUUUUAUUUUUCCCCGUCUCAGACAGUUCUACCUACACCUAGGCAAAGAUUCUGUCCAGCAAAAUACCAGCAAAGGCAUCCUGGCCCGGCGACGACACUACCCUGUUGAUUCUGUUGCCCCUUCUCAGACUGAGCCAGCCCAUCGUGUCACCAGGAACCUCAUCGAACGUGACGGCAUCCAUUGGGUCCUCGGGGUGUGUCUCUACUGUGCUGUCGACCUCGGCCGGCUUGGCUCUCCCACGGUUAUCGAUGACGUGCAUGCCCCUUGUCCACUGGCCGCAGGUCUCGACUCGGAUGUCUUCUGGCUUGGGCACAGUCGUCCACUCGGGAUGGUCGCGCGUCAGCAUGUACCAGAUGGUCAGCGGGUCAUGAAGGGACAGGCCCUCGUUGUGGCCCUCGCCGAGCAUCGAGUCAAUCUUGUUAAAAGUGCCAUUCAAAAAGGUUUCGGUCCACUUGGCAAGGGGACUGCCUUGCUUCAGCAGCGGCUGGAUCUUUUGGUUGAAAGUCUCCUUGUGGAGCUCGUGGGGAGUAGUGAUAUCCAAGGGGAACAAGCUCAGCUUGAGUUGACGGGGCAACUUCUCAGGAUAGGCACCCAGGACCGACUUGCCGUGUAUUGUUGGUGGCAUCGUCGAUGAGGGGACCUUGGACGUGAGAGCGUAAACUCUGGCAGCGGCAACAGCAUCGGCCAUGCAGUUGAACUCGGCCACAGGAGUCACGUUUCCGAUAGUGUUGACAGCACCUCCCAUCACAACAAGCUCCUUGACGCGGAGGAAGGUCUCAGGGUCCUUGGCGGCUGCGAGGGCAACGUUGGUGAGUGGCCCAACGGCAACGACUGUGAUGGUGUCCUCUGGCUCUUCCCUCAAGAUGCGGAGGAUCUCCUCGUGGGCAGGACCCUUGCUAGGGGUGAAGAAACGGGAGAAUGAUGGUGGCU